AUGAUCAAAAUUGUAGAAAGUAAAGAAAUUAUAAAAAAUUCGAUCAACCUAAUUUGGAAAGCAACUGAAGGAAAUGUUGUCACUGUUACUUUCAAUAGGCAGUUACGCUUAGCAACCAUCUCCUUAGAUAAUGGAAUUAACACUACUCUAAAUUUGGAAGCACCAAGAGCAGCCCUUAUUAAAGAAGACAUUUCUAGCAAGAUAAUAAAUAAACAUGCUGGUUCUAUUAUGAUUGAAGAUAUACCGAAAGAAAAUAUUAGUGAUGAAGGCAGUGAUGAUGAUUUGCCAGGAUGGUCGGAAUGUGAAGAGUGCUAUGGACCUAAAAAAGAAUUUUGUGACCUUUGUGGUUGUUCUGUAUACAAAUGGAAAGGGGAUCAAGGCCAUAUUCUCCUGUGUGAUGGAUAUUGUGGUAAAGGCUUUCAUACCAGGAAAUUGAAACAAAAGACACAAUCAGAUGAUUCAAGUUCAAGUGACAAUGCUAAGAAAAUUAAAAAAUCAAAUAGAAAACGUAAACUAUUAUUAGACCGUAAUGAAUCUACAGAUGAUGAAGUGGUGAAUGAUAGACAAUCUACCAAAAUAUCAAAGACUAAUUUCAAAAAGGCAUCACUUCAGCACAAUUCCGAAGCAACCGAUAAUAUUAUGAAUAACCCUGAAGAGUCAAUUAAUGAUUAUGAAGAUGGCGAAAAACACAUGGUGAGAUGUGAUAAAAAGCGGGAAAGUCCUUCAAAUUGUUCAGAAAAAUAUAAGAAAAAAGCGCGUCUAAAUUUACCAAGGAGUCUGAAGGAGAAAGAACGAAUGCGGCAUUCUUCGUCUGAAACUGAAUCUGAUGAAUAUGUAGAUUUAUUGAAGAAAAUAAGGAGAGUCAAGGGAAUAACAGAGAAUUUUGUGUCUCAUGAUCCAGAAAAAAUAUUUGAAAUGCUUACUCAGCCUAUCCACAAAUAUUUUAAUGCAGAUUUCUCGGAAGCAUCAUUGGAGCCUGAACAAUUCCCAAAGAUAAUAGAAGAUAUUCAAGGCUGCUUCAAAUAUUUAGCAAUUUGGGAUUCAUAUUUCAAUAAUUGCAAAAGAUUAAUCGGAAUUCAGGAUUAUAAAAUGUUGAAAUUAGUUUAUUCAUUAACUGAUGUAUUUUUCAUUAUGCUAAAAAUUUGCUAUCAGGAACAAGUCAAAGACACUUCGGGAGGGAUAUUAAAUCGCGAAUGA